ACUUCUUAGUUGUCCAUUUAAAGAUUUACACUGAAGAAGACGAAGAAGAACACACUGGGCAUUACCUAGAGUACAUUUGUUUUCAGAAGGAUUUGUUUGUUGCUGUGUUACUGUACGGUAGCUGCGAGGCUAGCUGUAGUUUUCUCUGUAAGAAGACACAAUUUUAUAACAUUCUUUCAUAUCCACAGGUUUUAGGACCUGCCCCAAAAUGGUGUUCCUUCUUGGAUAAUUUGACUGAAGAGCUGGAAGAGAAUCCAGAGAGCACAGUUUAUGAUGAUUACAAAUUUGUUACCAGAAAAGACCUUGAAAAUUUAGGCCUUGCUCAUCUCAUUGGGUCGUCAUUACUCAGAGCAUAUAUGCAUGGCUUUUUCAUGGACAUAAGACUUUACCAUAAGGCAAAAAUGAUGGUGAACCCGUUUGCAUACGAAGAAUACAGAAGAGAGAAAAUCAGACAGAAAAUAGAAGAGACGCGUGCACAGAGAGUUCAACUAAAGAAACUUCCUAAAGUGAAUAAAGAACUUGCACUCAAGCUGAUUGAAGAAGAGGAGGAGCAACAGGCUACUAGAAAAAGAAAACAAAAGAAUCUGCCUAGUCUUCUCAAAGAUGAUCGUUUUAAGGUCAUGUUUGAGAACCCGGAUUUCCAAGUGGAUGAGCAGAGUGAAGAAUUUAGGCUGCUUAACCCACUUGUUUCUAAAAUAAGUGAGAAAAGAAAGAAGAAACUAAAGAUCUUAGAGGAAAAGGAAAAGCAAGCACAAGAACAGGAAGAGGAAGAAGAGCCUGAAGGAAAACCGAGUGAUGCAGAAAGUUCUGAGAGUUCAGAUGAUGAAAAAGGCUGGGUUGAAGAGGUCAGGAAACAGCGCAAACUUCUACGCCAAGAGGAAAAAGUAAAACGGCAGGAAAGGUUCAAGGAGGAUCAACAAACACUACUGAAACCUCAAUUUUUUGAGAUUAAAGAAGGAGAAGAAUUCAGAAGCUUCAAAGACUCUGCCAAAAAACAAAAAUUAAUGAAGAAAACUCUUGGAGAUCGUUUAAAGCUUGAAGAAAAACUUGGCACUCUCAGUGUGUCUGAUACCACAGUAGGCAGCAAACAGGCAACAUUCAAAUUAAAAAAGUCAGAGCAGCAAAAGAAGCAGCAGGAAGCAGAGAAACAGCAUCGUCAAGAGAGAAAAACGCUCAGGCGUUCUGCUGGCCACCUCAAGAGCAAACGUGGAAGAGGGCAACGUUUUCAUUGAUGUAUUUUGUUCCUUUUUUAAAGAAACUGCUUUUCUUGUAUUUUUCAUUUGAAAAUGAGACUUUACAGUACAAAUAUAUUUGUAUUCUGUUAAAGCGAUGGACACAGAAUUCAGAACUUGUUAAGCCCUGUGCUAGCUUUUGAAAAGCAUAUGAAAAUGUAAGUAUUGGCAAAAGGACAUCAGGAGUAUAAUGUAUUGUAAGCUUCAAUUCAGUUGUAUCUGUGCAGAAGGCAUCGGCAGCUGGUUAUUGUGUAACCCUGGAUGUAGUCUAUAUAAGAAUUUAUCUAUACAACAAGGC